AUGGUGGUACCUUGCUGUCCGCUAUCGCAAUGUAUAGGGCGCUGCCCAUCCCGCCGUACUUCCAAAGAAGCUUUUGAGUUUUCACGGCUCUCCAGAGCACUUCAUUGCCGAGUCUACUUUACAACUAUCGGCGCCGUGGCCGAUGUUCGUCGAAACCACAUCUGA